UUUCUGGGGGGCAACCGUCCUUCUGUCCCUCCACUAGGAGAAGAAGGAAUGUGGCCUGGCUGGCUGGUUAGGAUCUAGGAUGGAGGAGGAGCUUUGGGGCAGGGCGGGGCAGGGGCAGGCAGAGACGAAGACUCCUGCUCGCUGCCCUCCCCGCAGCUGCACAGCAAGGGCCCGCUGCCCACCUUCGGGCUGUGCAGCCAUGUUCUGGGCGCUCUGACCCCACGGAAGUCCAUGGGGAGCCCCAGAUGGGCAGCUUCGCUCCUGCUUCUCCUCCUGCUCCUCAUUGGCCUCUCUGCCUUGGCCGGAAUUGGCUGCCCCUACCUGCCCCGCUGGAGCACCCACUGUCUGCUGGCCUCCCACAUGGUAAGGAAGACACUCUCACUGGAAGGUUUGCCCAUAUUCCUUGCCAUACCCAGUUGGCCUUUCCUGUGUCCCUAAAGCCUUGGUGUGCUCAGCUCUGGCUCUGCCCCUAUCUGUGCCUGCAUCUGGUGUCAGACCCUUCAGGCCUCCGGGAGGGCUGGUUCCACCUCCUGGUGCAGAAAUACAAAAAGUCCUAUAAGUUCCGGUUCUGUAGGAGACACAAGAUGCCAACAUCUGCUCAGAGGAAGCUGCUGAGUAGCUGUUGCCUGUCUCAGAAGGGUCAUCACAUCGCUGUCUCCUCCCCAGACAUCUCUCACAAGGGGUUGCGCUCUAAAAGGACCCAACCUUCAGAUCUAAAGGCAUUGGAAGUUCUCCCCAGACCCAGCUCACAAAGGCAUGAAGGGCCCGAGUUCUCCUUUGAUUUGCUGCCUGAGGCACGGGCUAUUCAAGUGACCAUUCCUCCGGGACCUGAGGUCAGCGUGCGUCUUUGUCACCAGUGGGUACUAGAAUGUGAGGAGCUGAGCAGUCCCUUCGACUCCCAGAAAAUUGUGUCUGGGGGCCAUGCCGUAGAACUGCCUUAUGAAUUCCUUCUGCCCUGUCUAUGCAUAGAGGCAUCCUACCUGCAAGAGGACACCGUGAGGCGCAAAAAAUGUCCCUUCCGGAACUGGCCUGAAGCCUAUGGCUCGGACUUCUGGAAGUCAGUGCACUUUACAGACUACAGCCAGCACAGUCAGAUGGUCAUGGCCCUGACCCUCCGCUGCCCGCUGAAGCUGGAGGCCUCCCUCUGCCAGAGGCAGGGCUGGCACACCAUCUGCAAAGACCUCCCCAAUGCCACGGCUCAAGAGUCAGAGGGGUGGUAUGUCUUGGAGGGCGUAGACCUGCACCCCCAGCUCUGCUUCAAGUUCUCGUUUGGAAAUAGCAGCCAUGUUGAAUGCCCCCACCGGACUGGUGAGCCGUUAAGUGACCCUGGCUGGGACCCCCUUCCACCAUUGAACCCUUACCCAACUGUGACCAAGCCAGACUGGAGCCCUGUUCUGAUUUCUCUGGCAACUACAGCCCAGCUCCUAUCACCUCCUGCAAACAGAAUGUCUCCCAUGAUGCCCUUUCCCACCCUGGCAGCCCCAUCCUGGAAUGUUAGCAUGGAUACCCAGACCCAGCAGCUGGUCCUUCACUUCUCCUCAAGGAUUCACGCCACCUUCAGUGCUGCCUGGAGCCAACCAAGCUUGGGGCAGGACAGCUUGGUGCACCCUGUGUACAGCAUCAGCCAGACUCAGGGCUCAAGCCCAGUGACACUAGAUCUCAUCAUUCCCUUCCUGAAGCCAGGGAGCUGUGUCCUGGUGUGGAGGUCAGAUGUUCAGUUUUCCUGGAAGCACCUCUUGUGUCCAGAUGUCUCUCAUAGACAUCUGGGGCUCUUGAUCCUGGCACUGCUGGCCCUCGCCACCCUGUUGGGCAUUGUUCUGGUCUUCACCCGCCGGCGCCCACUGUCAGGCCCUGGCCGAGCGCGGCCGGUGUUGCUCCUGCACGUGGCGGACUCGGAGGCGCAGCGGCGCCUGGUGGGAGCGCUGGCUGAACUGCUGCGGGCGGCGCUGGGCGGCGGGCGCGACGUGAUCGUGGACCUGUGGGAGGGGACGCGCGUGGCGCGCGUGGGCCCGCUGCCGUGGCUGUGGGCGGCGCGGGCGCGCGUGGCGCGGGAGCGGGGCACCGUGCUGCUUCUGUGGAGCAGUGCCGGCCCCAGUCCAGCCCGCGCCCGGGAUCCCCACUCGGCGCCCCUGCGCGCCCUGCUCCGCGCCGCCCCGCGCCCCCUGCUACUGCUGGCUUACUUCAGUCGCCUCUGUGCCAAGGGCGACAUUCCCCCGCCACUGCGCGCCCUGCCCCGCUACCGCCUGCUGCGCGACCUGCCACGCCUGCUGCGGGCGCUAGACGCACGGCCUUCCGCCGAAGCCACCAGCCGAGGCCGCCUCGGGGAUCGGCCUUGCCUGCGGGGUCGCCUGGAGCUGUGCCACCGGCUGGAACGCGAGGCCGCCAAAUUUUGCCCACCGAGGCUGAGCAGAGGCAGACGUAGGGGUACUGGCUGGAUCCCCUGAAUGAGCCUUCUACCCUAGAAUCCUUGGGGUGCCUCCUCAGGACUACUGGCCAAAAAUCCUUAUGCUCUGUCUGCUAGCCUGGGAGCAGAGCACCUCCCUCGCUGUCCCAGACCCUUCCCUACGUGUCUAGCUUCUUCCUCCUGUUUACCCUUUCGGAACCAGCAGGGAGAGUCGCUGUUUACUGAGGGCUCCACUGCUCCCAGUUCUGUUGGGGGUGGGGGAAUCUUUUCUUCAAAAUUCCAGGAAGAGUAGUCUGCACAUGCUCCAGUCCAAGCGAGAGAGGUGUGGGACAGAGGUAGGGGAGGCCGGAGCGAUGGCCAUUCUGAGUGAGGCGUAACUCCAGUGGGGGGAGGGGGAGAGGGGAGAAAACCCCUUUGGUGGGGGGCGGGGCAGGGAUACUGCUUUCCCGGACUGGAGCCCUGCCCAGGGGAUGGAGGGAGGGAGGGAGCCUGACCCAGGUAAAGAGGUUUUGGCCCUGGGUAUCCAGGGCGGAGGUGGGACAGUAGAAACCAAGAUCAAGAAAAAUGAAUAAAGGCCAACAUAAUGGAUAAGCUAAGAGACACGGUGUGCUUCUCUAGGGUGCCCAGGGUACUGAGUUGCAGGAGGGGUCAGCACAGCCCUGCCUGGGGAUUGUUAUGCCUCUGUUUGUGGGCUCCAGUCUUCCACGUCCACACCCACAACCACAUCCUUCACAUUCUCACAAGCAAAGCCUCUGAAAAGGCAAAGGAGGACCUGGAAAUCUUGAUCCUCACUGUGAACAGGUUCAGAAAGGUCCAUUUGUCAUGCAGCCAGCCCAUGGCAACAGCACAAAUGGGACCCCUGUCUGCCUGGCUCUGAGUUCUGAGUUCCUUCCCUCCCUACCACACUUGAGCAGAGGCCAGGAAGUGGUGAAAAGCCCACUUUCUGAUACCCUUUGUCCCUGCCUUUAGAGCUCCUGUCCCAUAAAGGGUCACUGAGUCCCAGGGCAGAUGUGUGAAGGGACCGGGGGUGCCCUGUAUGAGGGAACCUAAUGGGCACCAAAAUCCCGGAUUCACGGUGGCAGUGGAAAUGCCCCAGCAUUGCCCAGGCCCUCUUCCUUAGGGACUCCCAAGGUAAGAGCUCCCUCACUCAGCUGUGAUGCCGCCACCCUCUUCAGGGGCCCCUCCCAGCCAGGUGUCAGCGGAGAAGGAGGAGGAGGAGAGGGAAAGGAGAGGAGGCCACCACCCCAGUCCAAGGCU